GCGCGCCAGCGCAUGAUAAAGCCCGCGGCUGAAGCGCGCUCACGCAGUUAAUGUAGAAGCGCUUCGGAAGGUGUCGGCAUCAGCAGCCACUGACCUUAACAUAGCAAUCGGAGAGCAUCAUGGGAGGAGCAGUGGUGGACGAUGGACCUCCUGGUGUGAAGGCCCCAGAUGGCGGCUGGGGCUGGGCAGUGUUGGCCGGCUGCUUCGUCAUUACUGGCUUCUCCUACGCCUUCCCUAAGGCUGUCAGCGUCUUCUUCAAGGAACUUAUCCGAGAGUUUGACGUCGGCUACAGUGACACCGCUUGGAUCUCGUCAAUACUGCUUGCCAUGCUAUAUGGCACAGGACCUCUGUGCAGUGUGUUGGUGAACAGGUUUGGCUGCCGACCGGUAAUGAUGGUUGGAGGGCUCUUUGCCUCACUGGGAAUGAUUCUGGCCUCCUUUGCCACUAGUAUCAUGCACAUCUACCUCUGCAUUGGAGUUAUUACAGGUCUGGGUCUGGCGUUGAACUUCCAGCCGUCUCUGAUAAUGCUGAAUCGCUACUUUAGUGAGAAGCGUCCUUUAGCCAAUGGCUUAGCAGCAGCGGGCAGCCCUGUGGCACUGUGCUGCCUGUCCCCACUGGGACAGAUUCUCCAGUACCAGUAUGGCUGGAGGGGGGGGUUCCUCAUACUAGGAGGCAUUCUGCUCAACUGUUGUGCCUGCGGUGCCCUCAUGAGGCCCCUGUGUCCCCCUAAGAAGCCACAGUAUCUGGAGGAAAGCCCUCCCACAGCUGCAGUAGGGGAAAAAAAGAAACUGUUGGAUUUCAGCGUGUUCAAGGACAGAGGUUUUCUCAUCUAUACCCUUGCAGCGUCCAUUAUGGUGCUGGGCUUGUUCGUGCCCCCUGUGUUUGUGGUCAGCUACGCUAAAACCCUCGGCUAUGAAGACACAAAGUCUUCACUGCUGCUCACCAUCUUGGGAUUUGUCGAUAUGUUUGCUCGGCCCGCAUCAGGACUCAUAGCGGGCAUGAAGUGGGUACGGCCCAGAACCGUCUACCUGUUCAGCUUUGCUAUGGUCUUCAACGGCUGCACUGACCUCAUAGGAUCCCAGGUAACUAUCUAUGGAGGUCUGGUGGUCUUCUGUAUCUUCUUUGGUAUCUCGUAUGGCAUGGUGGGAGCGCUACAGUUCGAGGUCCUCAUGUCUAUUGUAGGGACCGAGAAGUUCUCCAGUGCCAUAGGCCUGGUGUUGCUGAUGGAAGCCUUUGCUGUACUAGUGGGACCUCCUGGAGCAGGUCGCCUCUUGGAUGCCACCCAUCAGUACAUGUAUGUCUUCCUGUUGGCAGGCUGUGAGGUCACACUGUCAGCCUUUGUCAUCGCCUUAGGUAACUUCUUUUGCCUUAGAAGGAAAAAGAAAGAUCUAAAGGCUGAGGUAGAAAUGGCUGUCACUGCAGCAGAGAAGGAGGGACUAAACUUUGGGGGGGACGGCGAGGAAGAUCACGAACGUGAAGAGGAGCCUAAGGAGAAAAAUAAAGGAAAUGUCAAUGCCUUGAAAGCAACGGAAGAAGUGAUGAUAGUUAAGGAGAUGGGAGAGAAUGGUGGAGAAGACACAUUAUAAUGAA